GUCCGUUUUUGGUGCCGGAGCUGUCGAUUCCGGCGACGUCGGAGGCCCUGCGUUUCUUCUUCUCUUUUGAGCUGUACAAAGCUCCAAAAUGCAGGAUACAAUGAGCGAAAGAGUUAGCGUAUAUUUUAAGUGUGAAGGUCGGAUGUAUAGUAUUAUGAUCAAGACAAAAGCGAGUGAUAUAACGUUGUCGAUGCUAAAAGGAAGGAUAAACAAGAAGGUUGGAUUUGUUGAGAGCCAUGUUAAGUUGGAGUUGAGCUACUAUCCGCUAGUGGCAGAAUCGAAUGUGAGGGAAAAGUGUACGAUUUAUGAUGAUGAGGAUUUGGAUGUGUAUUUGACGUCCUUUGAUACAGAGAAGCGAAGAUGUGUGUUGAUUGUGGAUGUCACAAAGGUAUCGGAACAGCCUGAGCAAGUGAUUGAAGAUGAUGAUGAUGAUGAUGAUGAGGCUGUUAGAGUGGACCAAAGUUCUGUUGGUAUGAAUUAUCAAAACCAACAGACUAGAGAUGAUGAGGCUAACGCCAUUGUUGCAUACGAAGAGAAAGAUAAAGGAAAGGGUGUCGAGGGCGAUUCUGAAACUUUAGGACGUGAAGAAGGUGAUGAGUAUGUUGAACAACCACCUGUUGUAACACCUUCUCAGUUUAUAGACCCAUGGGAAGACGGUUUAACUUUGAGGAAUUUUAGGUUUAAAAUUGCGAAGUCGGAUAAGGAUCGUUAUGUGUUGAAAUGUUCUAAAGAAGGAUGUAGUUGGGGUUUACGAGCUACAAGAGUUCCACAUACUGAGAUUUUCUCGAUCCGCCGGCACAACAAUAUGCAUAGUUGCUCUCGGGCGAGUAAAAGUUCAAGCAACAGUAACAGGCGCGGCACCCCGGAAUUAGUUGCAUCCCUUUUGCAUAAUGAUUAUCCAGGACAGAUGGAAACUCCACGUCCCAAGAUUAUCAUGGAACUUGUGAAGACCAAAUUGGGUUUGAGUGUAUCAUACUCGACGGCAUUGAGAGGGAAAGUUAAAGCCGUUAGUGAUUUGCGUGGUACCGCGGAAGAAAGCUACAAAAUGCUCCCUUGUUAUUUGCACAUGUUAGAGAAGGUUAAUCAAGGUACGAGAACAUAUCUGCAUUUGGAUGAGAAUAAGAAAUUCAUGUACUUGUUCAUAGCUUUGGGAGUUAGCAUCGAAGGGUUUCAAGUCAUGAGAAAGGUACUAUUGGACCGAGUUGUGGGCGAUGGCGUAUUACCAGACAAUGUUCCUAGUACCGGAUAA